UUGUGGAUAAACCCUGUGCAUGCCAAACAAUGCACGUAGCCAUUCCUUCCCCUCGGUUUCUCCUUAGCAGGAGCAGAUGACACUGUAUUCGAUUUGGAUGCAUCCAUAUUUAUUUGAACGGAGAAAGUCAGAGAAAACGUGUUUUCCUCAGAGGUGCUCUUUCAAUUGGUAUAUAAUAUUAUAUCGGAUAGUACGGUACGUUGAAGAAUUUUACCCUUGGUCUAACUUGGCAAAUCCCUCAAGAAAGAAGGAGGGGCGAGAGUAAGUGCCCAUGCUGCCAACCGCAAAAACAGUUCCUUGGGUUUAAAUUUACUUCAGAGAGCCGGUGCCAGGUAUAUUUUUCUCUUAAAGGUGUAUGGUCGGAACCACUUGUAGCCCCUGUGUAAGGGGUGCAAAGAUGUAUCUCUUUCCUUCCCACCUUAAAUGGAAAUUAAAGGUGAAGUUGUCCUUACGUCUUUAGCAAAGGACACGCGUCAUUUGAGCGUACCCUGGACAAAAUGUCGAUUUUUCUACGUGCAUACAGCGCGUUUGCGAGCCUAUCACUGCUUCAAAUCUAGACGAAUGCUGUCGAGACCCUUGUAUUUCUUGACAAUGACUCAGUCGUCUAUAAAUGGCAGCGGGAGACAAAUAUUCUUCUUGUGGGUACAGAGGAGCUAUAUUUGGACCCAAAUUUGCCGAUACAUCCACCGCAGAGCCAUCAGUUUCAGAUGGAUUUUUCCCCUCACAUGUGGCUCCAACAAACAGAAACUCGACCAGUGCUGAAAGACUAGCGUAAAUGAACUUAUGUUGACCUCAAAGCAGCUUGCUUUAAUAUCACUUUCAUUUACAUUUCUCUAACAAAUUGGGUGCCAUAAAUGUGGCAUGUGGCUUUAAUUAACCAUUGUUAAACCUUUACAGUUAAUAGUUAAAUUCAACUAUUUGCAUAGUUAAAUGUGCCUGUUUGGUAUUUAGGUUGCCCAUGUGCAUUGACUAUCGAUUUCAUUUUGAUGUAAUUAUUUAAAAAUGUGAUACUGGUUUUUGGUUGGAUGUGAUUUUAUGUUUUUCCUUUUAAAACAAAAUCGCCUUCCCCGAUGCAAUCACAAAACACCGCAGCGAAGCAUGGACUCUAUUAAUUCCAGAACCCACUUGCUAAAACGAACUCAAAUUUAAAUUACGGUCAGGUACCAGAUUGUUUCUCAUUCCCAGACGUAUCUAAGGUUUGGUUUGUUUGUUUUUUUGUUUGUUUGUUUGUUUGUUUGUUUGUUUGUUUGUUUGUUUGUUUGUUUGUUUUUUUCAACGUAUGCAAAUGAUUUAAAUCCGAGGUGAGAGCGGGUAGCUGUGGGGGCGCACUGCACCACCCCAUGGAGACGAGGUUGUCAGUCGAGAGCACGAAAAUUAUGGUCUCACCGGCCAAUGUCAACAAGGAAACAGUGCUGUCACAACUGACCGCCCAGUCUUACGUCACGGGGUAAUUUAUUCAGCGUGUCCCAGGGGAGGUUAACAAGGAGCAUUAACGCAAAUGCGUAAUCAUUCAGAAGUCUGACGUGCAAGCUAUAAUGAUGACAUAGUUAUCUUAUAAUAAGUUGUCAAGUUUCGUAAUUGCAUCCUCAAACAUAAAAAAAAACUUGCACUGGAUUUUUCUUUGUCACGAAAGGUACGCUGUAAACAUAGACCUAUGUUUGUUUUAAUAAUGUGGAAAUUAGAAUAACGAUUGAACAAGGAUAUGCCAGGAAAGUGUUGCUUCAAAGAGCAAGAAAUCACAAGAUAUGCCCAACUCAAAGCAUCUCUUCCUCAGCAGUGGUGCGAACAGACAGUUACUUCCUUGAGCAAGAGCGGACUGGAGCUUCAUUCAUAAACGACGUUUGGAAGCUGCGUACGGAGGAUGUCCCAAGAGAAAGCCCUAUUGUGCAAGACGUUGCUGUUUUUACAAUGACCGUUCCCUUUAGACAAAAGCAAUAUGUGAUAGAUUUAUAUACACGGUUAUCGAGGACGAAACACGCCCGAUUUCCGUGUUCUCGAGAAAGGGACUUUGAUGGAAUCUGGCAUGUGGACUCAACGUCUUGGUUUCAAAUCUACUUGAUGUGCAUCAUUUCCCAGUAAAAACCACGAAACUACUUCGAUGGGCUAGACAAUAUACAGACAAGCUGUUAUCUUCCUCUCAGAUUACGUAUACCGAUGUCUCCGUUACUAACGCACGUAUUCAGUCUCCAGACCAACACUGAUUUUCUUUGAAUUCACACCCUCUUUUACUCUCUAAUUCCAGGCUCCACGCCUAAAAUCACUUGGCAAUGACACCCACAAUGCCCGCAUUUGAAUUGUACGUUCUCGUCCUUAUAACUAAUGACGCUACAUGACAAAGUCUGCACUUUGGCUGUUGUAACGUCCUGUUUAAUACACCCCUGAUCCCAUGGCGCAUGGAGUUGGUUCAGUGGAAUUUACAAGUAGGCGAUAUGUCAGUUGGCGUUCUCCGCGAGAAGUCGUUCGCUAUUCUUGCCCAUCUGGUAUGGAGUGGUUUUCAGGACCAAGUGAGUGAUUAUCCUGUGAUCUUGAGCCUCAACGACCGAGGAAACUGCUGCGGUUAUACGCUGACGUCCAUCUCGGCAUAUGAUGCUGUUUAUAUCGCCAACUAUUAUUAGCCUAAUGAGUGGGAUCACUAUCAGUCGACGUAGGAAAGUUGAAGGCAUUGUGUGGAAAAUAGGUACUCGGGGGUAGCCCAUUAAAGUUUAUCAUCCACCUACGUCAAUAUUUGUAACCGUAAUGACAGAUUUCCUAGCAUGGGUGUACACAUAGUGUUCAGUUUGUGGCAUUUAUUUAGCAUGAAGGUGAGAUGAUUCAAUAGUGCAGGUCUUCAUAAUGAGCACGUACAGCGUGUAGAGAGUCCGGUGUUCAAACUUCGCUGACCUCGCCACAUCCCGUGUUGGUUAAGCAUAGCGGAAAGGAGAUACAAUCAGCAUAUGGUGCGAAAGAAGAAGAAAAAAAAUAAACAUGGCGGUUAGGCGCACGUGGGCAUGCGCAGUGAUAACACGGAAGCUUCCAUGACACGUCGAGUGCCGACGUCAGGCGGAGACCACUUCAAGUCGACGUGGAAACUACCCGCGAUAGGUUGUCGGGGGAAAGCACCUUUCAGGGAUGGAUUUAAGGACGACAUCGUCGCCUUUAGUGAUGCGCCAUAGUACAGAGAGACGUUCACUCCAACUCUUUGUAUCUCUGCUUGUAUGUUGGGCCAGUCGGAUAACUUUUGCUGCAGCUGCCUCGACGGGUUUAGAAACUUUUGAUGGCAUCGGCAGAGCAAGACUUCCUGAUUUUCAAUGCGGCGGCUCGGGUUGGUCCAUCGAACAAACAAAUGAAGGGAAUCGGGCGAUUGCCACAUGCUCUUCCAGGUGCUCGCACAAUACAACGGUCCUGGAAGGCGCCGUCUCCACCUUCGGCACCACCACGGUGUCCUUCAACUACGCCCUCAACGUGAGAGACGCAACCAGUUUACAGCAACGUCCCGUUCUUAAGGUCUUCUGCCAGACUUGUUACGCAUUUCAAGCGUGGUCGUCAGAGGCAAGUGAUCCAAGCAAUGGAGACUGGGUGACUGCCGAGGUCAGGGUUAAACCGUUGCGUUCUACAUUCGCCUUAAUCCUCGAGGCCAACCUUGAAGAAAGCGGUCAAGUCAUAGGAGUGGACAACGUGAUGGUCAAAGACGGCAAAAAACAAGUACCACCAAGCCCUACAAUUCCGCUCGAGCAUCCCUCCAACUGCUUCUUGGAGGAUUGGAUCUCAACCGACAUGCCUACUGAUGGUGACGAGUCAGCGUUUCAAUCGACAGACGAAACGGCUUCAUACCCAUCUGAUGUCUCCCCAGAAAACACCUUUGGACUCCUUGAUAAUGAGACAACGCUGCUGCUUGCCCAGAUCUUGGCCAUUUUGUCUGUAUCUGUCUGCUUCAUCACCGUUGGCAUCCACUGUUUUAUUUGGAGAAAACAGAGGCGGAUGAACCAAAGUACUAGCAUUGUCCCUCUGCGGUCGAAACCAACCUCAGACGAGCCGCACGACAGCAUGUUGCUCGAGAUGGACUUGGUGGCAUCAGACGAACCUGACCAGCCUUGCAGCAACAGCCUAGGCGAGCCCACCAGCUCGAAAUAUCUUCAGCAACUGCAAGACUCAGACAUACUGCUGCAGCCGGACCCACGUCGGGCGACCGUAAGCCACGGAUCGUCCUCCACGGCACGAAGCCCGGCUGUCCAGGCGGACGAAGAGGACGACAGCGAUGACGAUCAACAGCGUCCUCAUCCGAGGACUAAGAGCCUGCCCUGCAGACCGCCGGUGAACGUUUACGAGUCCAUCGAUGAGGUCAGUAAGUACCAGCCGCUGACCUUCGGCAAGCGGCCCGCCCCGGGCCCACCGGGGCUUCCCAAGGGAAAGCGACUGCAAACUCGCAGUAAGGGUGUGCAAAAUUUGGCCGCCGUCAAGAAGUACAGGCCCUCCUCUGUGCAGUACGAGGAGGUAGGAAACCGCAAGAACGGCUUGCUGCAACUGGAUGAACCCAGAGAUCGGAGCAAGUCGGCCUCCCACUACGAUUACGUCAAGAGGAAGUCGGUCACGCAGAGCCCCAGGCGCAACGGGUGGAAGUAUGGCCAGGCACAGCGCCCCAAGGGUCGCGCUCCUGCACCGCCAACGAGGCCGCUGUACGAUGAACCCGUGCGGAGAUCCCGGCCGGUGGUUAAGGUCGACAGCGCACCGACCUUGCUCCAGCAGAACCAGGAGUCAUCAGCUGGAGAGGGCCUCCAAACAGACUACGAGAACACCCUGGAAAAGCCAAAGGUCACCUACGACAGACCACGCACGAUUAAUGAGAACAUCGCGGAAAAGCCCACGGGGAACUCCCAGUACUUCACGCUAGAGCCACCCGUCGGAAGAUACGCUACAAGCGAGGACUCGGACGAUGAACGUGAAAGUGAGAGAGAUAUUAGCCGGUUCGAGGACGCAGAAGAGGAAAUCAUUCCAAACGGCACAACCGCGAUCUCUCUACGCCCUCUGUCUGUCAGCGCACCGAUUAACAUACCGCCCUCAAAGCCAAACAAGAUGGCCGACUUCGACGAGGAGUCUUCACGUCUGUAAGGCAGACUCAUUGUCAAGGGAAACCUUGAACUGUUGUUCCACAUCAAAACUUUCUAAGGCAAGUCUUACGAACUUGGUUUGAAAAAUAUGUGUAUAAACGGUGAUUCAAUUAAGUCGUUGUUGUGUGUAACUAAUUAAUUACUUGAUUUUUAUUCUUCAAAUAAUUAUUGGUCAAGGAGAUGUCUGGCUCACCCAGCUAAUGUUCACGGGAGAAUUCAGGAGGAAUAAUAGAUCUUUCAUAACGACACCAUGCAGCGCGGAAAAUGAAGAUUAAAAUGUUCUCUGUAAUUAUUUAUUCAUAAUUUAUAUUUUUCAAAUAAACUUUACAAGGCACCAAACGCGAUUUUAAAAUCUAUAAAUUUAAUGGUGCUGGUCUACUGGGCAACGCAAACGUGAAAGGAAAAAGUUCAGUGACCUGACUGCACGGCCAACAGAAAUAAAUUGGCAUCGAGUAGAUAUCACAGAGUAGGAAAAAAAAUACGUUCUUACUUCUACCAGAUUACAAUGCUUGCCAGAAAACUACGAAGGUCUGAAAACCUCGAGAUGUCCUCACAUGGUAGUUUAAGCAGUGGGAGAUCAAGAUUAGUUUCAAUCCAGGAAUACGGGAAAACAUGGUAGGCCAUGCCCCCUCUUUACUCCGUAUUUCUUUAGUUGAGUCCCCAGUGGGUUUAAAUUGUAUCCUACCAGAUUGGCAUGUACACGCCUCCGGCUGUUUCGGGCCUGUGGCUGAAGUCUUUUAGGACUAUACCAGUUUUACCAGCUCCCCUUGCCAAGUAGUGCCAACCUCAACUUCACAAAUUAGACAAAUGGCAAGCAAUCGCUAAGAUUUCAGAAGCCUUUCGUUUUGGGCGGGUCACUGUGUACAAUGUGUGUUCCGGGACCCAGUUGUCGACUAUUUGCCUGGCUGUGGAUCGAUGGUGAAAAAAGCGGGGAUUUCUCUCACAGCAACACGAAUGUGGCACAGAAUUUCCGCUUGUGAAACUAAUAAUCAUAGAGGAAUGCAAACUUACCGUAUUUAGUUAUAGUUCACUAUUUGAAACCACAUCCCAUGUUUAGCUAACUGGUCAGCAUAUCACAAAAAAAGAGAUUCGCAACUUUUGCAAGAGAGUGGCACUAUUCCGUUGAAGCAGUUUUGUCUAUUGUAAAUUACGAUCAGCAGUCAUGUAAUGGUGUAUUACACUGAGAUUAUAUACUCGAAAUUGUGGAUAAAUUGAUAAACAAAUAGGCCUACUAAAGCCUAUCUGGGUGAUAUCGUC